UGCCGAGCGGAGCGGCGCGGCGGCGGUGCGAGGCGGCGGGCGCAGCCCGGCAGCGGGGCGCGGAGCUGCGCCGCGGCGGCCGCAGGGGAGCGCGGCUGCGGCAGCGGCAGCCCCCCCGCCUGCGACGUGGGGCACGGCGCUGCCGGCCGAGGGGAGGGGGCGGCGGUCCCGGCCCGAGGAUUUCUCACCUUUGCCGGGUUUGGCCGGCCCCAGAAAGGCAGCAGAAAGUUCAGCAUGCAGGAAGUUUGGGGGCAGCUCGGAGGGUAACUCGGCAGCCGUGACUGCUGUUUCGGGUGGUGUGGUUUUUUUGUUUUUCGGGGUUUUUGUGUGCUUUUUUUUUUUUUCUUCCCUUCAUACAACUCCCCCAAACACGCAAGCAACCCGCAACAACAACAACCAAAAAGUCCGGGAAGGGGGAGAGAACACGAGAGAGGGAAGCACCCUGGGUGGGGAGAGCCGGGUUUCUUUGCAGAGACACGGUCCCGUUCACAGCGGAUCCCAAUGCAACUGCUCAUCCUCCUCCUCCUCUACGCUGUCGUCUGUGCGAACUUUUGCAGCCGUCAGGGCACCACUGCCCCUGCCCAGAGCGGAUCUAUAAAAGCCUUGCGGUCCUCGAAUAUCAGGCGAGAUGAGAGCAAUCACCUCACAGACUUGUACCGAAAAGAAGAGAGAAUCAGCGUGGCAGGGAACGGCUGCAUCCACAGUCCUCGCUUCCCCAGCAGUUACCCCAGGAACCUCUUGCUGACGUGGCGGCUCCACUCCCCGGAGAGCACCAGGAUCCAGCUGGCUUUUGAUAAUCAGUUUGGACUGGAGGAGCCCGAAAAUGAUAUCUGCAGGUAUGACUUUGUGGAAGUGGAAGAUGUAUCAGAGACCAGCACGGUUAUACGAGGACGGUGGUGUGGACACAAGGAAGUACCUCCAAGAAUAACAUCAAGAACAAAUCAGAUAAAGAUAACCUUCAAAUCCGAUGACUACUUUGUGGCUAAACCUGGAUUCAAGAUUUGUUACUCCCUUGUGUGUAGCUCGAAAGAGGCAGAUUUUGCAAACACUCAGGAAAUGGAUGAUUUCCAACAUGCAGCCUCAGAAACCAACUGGGAGUCAGUCACAAGCUCUGUCUCAGGGGUAUCCUAUCCCUCUCCAUCAGUGACUGACCCUACGCUCACAGCGGAAGCACUGGAUCAGACCAUUGCUGCAUUUGACACGGUGGAGGAUCUGCUCAAACACUUUAACCCAGACUCCUGGCAAGAAGAUCUCGAGAAUUUGUACACAGACAGUGGCCACCAUUAUCGAGGCAGGAGCUACCAUGACAGGAAGUCCAAAGUUGACCUGGACAGGUUGAAUGAUGAUGUGAAACGUUACAGCUGCACUCCAAGAAACUACUCUGUCAAUUUAAGGGAGGAACUGAAGCUGACAAAUGUAGUUUUCUUCCCCCGCUGCCUCCUUGUCCAGCGCUGUGGAGGAAACUGUGGCUGUGGGACUUCAAACUGGAAGUCCUGCACUUGCAUGUCAGGGAAAACAGUGAAAAAAUAUCAUGAGGUGCUGAAAUUCGUCCCUGAGGCUGGGCAUACCAGAAGAAAAGGCAGAACCAGGAACAACAUGGCCUUAGUAGAUAUACAGCUGGAUCACCAUGAGCGUUGUGAUUGUAUCUGCAGUUCAAGACCACCCCGAUAAAAAAAAAAAAAGGAAAAACCAAGACA